AUGAGCGGUGGGUGGGUGUGUAGUCAAACGGGUGUGGUGACAGCAUGGAACAAGGAACGGAAAGCAUCCUGUGAUAUAUCAAUAUAUGCAGCCUGAGAACUUCCCUUUAAGUACGAGCAAGACAUCACUCCCAACAACAUCAUCAGCCUUCCCAUCAAGCAGAAGUUUCCAGCUUCACAGCAAUGAAUGACUUCUUCAAUUACAGCCUGGAAUACGAUGAAGACGAUGAUGAUGAUGGCUUCUGCGAAAAGGGCGAAGUGGUCAAAUUUGGAUCCAUUGCCAUCCCCAUCUUCUUUUCCAUAGUGAUUACACUGAGUCUGACGGGAAACAUCCUCGUCCUUGUAAUCCUGGGGUUGUAUGAAAACCUCAAAUCUCUCACCAACAUUUUCAUCCUCAACCUGGCCAUCUCUGACAUCGUCUUCACCACCGGCCUCCCCUUCUGGGCCAUUUACCACAUCUGGGGAUGGUUGUUUCCAGAGGCCUUCUGCAAAAUAGUGACUUUUGUGUUUUUCACCGGGUUUUACAGCAGCAUCCUCUUCCUCACCAUCAUGACCAUCCACAGAUACGUGGCCGUGGUCCACCCUCUCUCUGACCUGCGCACACAGAAACGCAGCACUGGGGUUUUUGUGUCUUUCCUAAUGUGGGUGAUCAGCAUUGGAGCAGCGAUGCCCUCGCUGCUCUACAGCUCCCUCGUCACGGUCCACCACAAGGAUAAACACUCUGUUGGCUGCGAGUACAGUUCUAUGCAGUGGAGAACCAUUAGUAUCCUCCAACAGAAUGUGUUCUUCAUGGUUGCUUUUACGGUGAUGGCUUUCUGCUACAUUAGAAUACUGAGGAGGAUCACCGGAGCGAGGUCUCACACCAAGAACCGGGCGGUGAAGCUAGUGUUCUGCAUCGUGGCCGUGUUCUUCAUGGGCUGGGUGCCAUACAACGUGGUCAUCUUUCUGAAGGUUCUGGACGACAGAUUAAUUCCACCUUUUGCUGAGUGCGAUGCAAGUAUCAACCUUGACUAUGCCUUCCAUGUCUGCCGGCUCAUUGCUUUCUCUCACUGCUGCCUGAACCCUGUUUUUUACGCAUUUGUUGGUGUGAAGUUCAGAAGUCACUUGAAGUCAAUGCUGCACCGGCUGUUCAGAGCCCAGUCCAGUCCAAGUCCAGUCGAGGAGCAGCAGGUUAGACUGCAAAACUUUGUCUCGCAGGGAUCAAUGUACUAGCUGCUCAAUUCAAAUAUAUAUUUUUGCAUGUACUGCAGUAAAUGAGUCCAACUUGCAUUUGGUAUAAUCCAUUUAAUUCCCACAAAGAAAAGACGCUCAGUUUUCAAAUCUGACUUCUGCUGUUCAUUCCUGCAUGUGCUCAUGGUAAAUCUGUGCCAUUAUAUAUCAGUUAUGUGGGAUAUAUUACUUGAAUCAUUAUAUUGAUUUAUUUACUAACAGAAGAUCAUACAAAAUAAACAGAGUUACAAUGGAAACUAAAUAAUUGUUGUCAAAUCUUUAUUGAAUUUUCUCUUAUUUUUGUACUACUGCACUAAUAUAUUCUUCAGAUUUCAUACAAUGUUUUACUGUACAGAAGAACUAAACAUUGCUUUACAUAUAUUAAGAGUUUUUAGUAAUAUUUUUGUUGUAACAAUGACAAGUCUUGUAUUCUCAUGUGUCUGCUUAACAUUUAAUCUGUUAAAUUCUCGGUUUUCAGAAUAAAAUUUGACGGAUAACCAUUUGAAACAUGGUAGAAAAUAUACCCUGGUGGAAAAACGUACAUUUUCUUUUGUGCAAUAAAAACAAAUACCCCCAACUGUA